CUCUCCUAGGUCCCGCCGCCGCGUUUUCCCGCUCCAGCAGCAGCAGCAGCUGUACGCGUCGCUGUCGCCUUCUCCUUCUUCCCUGCGCACCCCUUGGACCCCGCGCCUCACCAUGCCCAACAUAGUGCUCUUCAGCGGCAGUUCACACCAGGACCUGUCUCAGCGAGUGGCUGAUCGUCUGGGCCUGGAGCUGGGCAAGGUGGUUACCAAGAAGUUCAGCAACCAGGAGACCAGUGUUGAGAUCGGUGAAAGUGUGAGAGGGGAAGAUGUGUAUAUCAUCCAGAGUGGCUGUGGGGAAAUUAAUGACAACCUGAUGGAGCUGCUCAUCAUGAUCAACGCAUGCAAGAUUGCCUCCUCCUCCAGGGUGACCGCGGUGAUCCCCUGCUUCCCUUACGCCCGGCAAGACAAAAAGGACAAGGUAGGAGAGAGUCGUGCUCCGAUUUCUGCAAAACUUGUGGCCAACAUGCUGUCGGUUGCUGGGGCUGAUCAUAUCAUCACCAUGGACCUGCAUGCCUCUCAGAUACAGGGAUUUUUUGAUAUUCCCGUGGAUAAUUUAUAUGCGGAGCCUGCAGUUCUCCAGUGGAUUCGGGAGAACAUCACCGAGUGGAAGAACUGUAUUAUUGUUUCCCCAGACGCUGGAGGAGCCAAAAGGGUUACCUCAAUUGCAGAUAGGUUGAAUGUGGAGUUUGCUUUAAUUCACAAAGAGAGAAAGAAAGCAAAUGAAGUGGACCGGAUGGUUCUUGUGGGUGACGUGAAGGACCGUGUGGCCAUCCUGGUGGAUGACAUGGCUGACACGUGUGGUACCAUCUGCCACGCUGCAGAUAAGCUACUCUCAGCUGGAGCCACGAAAGUUUAUGCGAUCCUGACCCAUGGCAUCUUUUCUGGACCAGCUAUUAGCAGAAUAAAUAAUGCUGCCUUUGAGGCUGUGGUUGUCACCAACACAAUCCCACAAGAGGAUAAAAUGAAACACUGCUCCAAGAUUCAGGUGAUUGACAUUUCAAUGAUCCUGGCCGAAGCCAUCCGAAGAACACACAAUGGCGAAUCUGUGUCCUACUUAUUCAGCCAUGUUCCACUGUAAAUCUCAACUGGGAGUGAGGAGGAAGUUGCCUCCAACUUGUCACUGUCCUUGUCUGUCUGCUGUUUUAGUGUUAGGACUCAGCAAUGCUAGGAUGAUCACUGGUGAAAGCGUGAUAUCUCUAUGCUCUGAGAUUCCUGGUCUACACUUUUAAAGUCAAGACUGCUUCUGGAUUUGGGGUGAGGGAAGGUGAUGGUUAUCUAGUCUUUGAGAAAUGUUUUUUUAUCACGUUGACUUGUUUUGAUGGAUGAUCUUUUCUUUCCUUUUUUAGUACUUUGAGGCUAUAACUUUCAAGUAUAAAAUGGCAUUGUGCAAGUUCAUAGUUUAUAUGCUUUGAGGUUGUCCAAGGUAACUUCAGAUGAAAGCUUUCUAUGUAAAUAUAUAAUGAUAAUGCCUAUGGACAUUUGGGUGAAAUCCUGUAUAGCCCUUGAGUUCAGAGUGAACUUUGAAAAUUGAUAAUACCAUGAAGUUUAAGUAUUUUUCCCUUGCUUUUUUUAAGUGAUAAUUGAGUUUCUUUGGUUAUUGUGCUUAAUUUGGACUGAAUUUUAUUGAGCCUGAGACAGCUGUUGAUAAAUUUUUAUUUUGGUAGACAUUAGGCUGACAUAUCAAAGGCAAGUCAUUCUGUACCAUUUUUAAUUGCUUUUCAAUAUGUAUCAUAACUACCACCUUAAAUUCCAAAACUUGUUCAGUGAUGGCUGUGAUAUAGAAAUCAUGUCUAGAUAUACUCAGCAAGCUCACUGUCAUACUAAUGCUUGCCUCUGUCCAUUACAGCAAAUGAUUCUUUGGGA